AUGGCUACGUUAUUGAAUGAAGCCGCUUCAGAACUACCGACUUUCCAAGGUAUCAAAUACUCCUCUACAGAUCUGGAAGGGGCGGCAGCUGCUCUGAGAGCAAACAACAGGCAAUAUGCUGUUUUUCUUGGAUCAAAUACGGUGUGGAAACUCAUGUUCUUUCCCUGCACUUGGGUUCCAUCGCGACAGGGAGUGUGGGACUCAGAGCUCGAAAGUGCAGGUCUCUGCCUACCCACCAAACCACACCUCAGUGACUCCUUUGCCUUGCACUGGGACUACCUUGUGGGUGCUUGGAUACCUUCUAUGAAAGUUGCCAUGAACUUUAUUACUCCUGUCAACGUUGGGAAGUCAAGACCACCCCUGAACAAUUUGACAGAAGCACAAGAGGAAGAAAUAAGAGAUUCGCUGAAAGCAAUAUCUGUAUUGUAG